GUAUUCCCUCAGCUAUACUUCUUCCACCAAAGUCCCCACAAAAUCCCUGCUCUCGCACCGCACGUGAUAUGGACUACGCGUGCGCGUACACGUACACGCACGCGCAGCCGUCCAGGGAGGAGAAGGUACCAGGUCCGGUUCUUCUCGCUUCUCGCGGCUCCCCCGGACACGUCGCUGAGACGGCGCUCGCGUUAAAGCCUCCUUUUCCUGCCCAGCUGCUGGGAGCACUGGGAGAGGCGCGUCACCCGAUCGGAGGCGAAUGGAUGACCGGAUGAAAAAAGAAAAAAAAAACACCGACUUGUUUACAGGAUGAGAUUUUCUUCUUUUUUUCCCCCCACCUCUUCUUCUCCUUCUUCUUCCUAUUCCGGAAGUAGCUGCUGCGUCGGUUCAAUCUCCAAGCCGACCAUUUCGAGGAGGAAAAUCAGCGCCAGCAGUAUCAUCAGCACCAUCUAUCCGACCCAAGGAUCAAUGCCGUCACUGCUGUGCGCUUGCUCGCGGAUUUGAAGACAUCUCCAUGCGCACUCCCCGUCUUUCUCUCUAAUUAGAAAAAUCGCAAGGUGCCUUUAUUAUUCUGCCUAUUGCUCUUUCUCUGGCCGUAUUUUUUUUUGAGGGGGGUUGGCGGGGGGGGGGGCUGCUUGAGAUGAGAUGCUGAUGGACAUCGAGGCGAGGAUGGGAAACAUGGAGCUUUCGGGUGUUUUUGUGUGGCCGUGUUUCCAGGCGGUAUAGGCUCCUGGGGGGGAGAAAUGAAACGGAUUGUAUUUUUGAUAUCAUCGUGGAUUGUCGGGGUGAAAUUCUCGGAUUCUUCGUGGAGGCAUCACAGAAAGGAGAUGAAAUAAAGAGAGAGAGAAAGAGAGAAAGAGAGGGGAGGAAAAAAUGGACCACGAUCUGGCGCUUGGGAUGCUACAGUGAGGGACAAUACAACACAAAAAGAAGACAAUACAAUUAUCCAGAUCAAACUUCCACUCCAUCACUCAUUUCCCUUCUGGAUUACCAUGCUUGACAAGAGUCCCAGAUGUGACUGUGUGGAUGGCAGGUCGCUGUAUUUUACACCCCGUCUUCUAUUCCCUGCCUCUGUGUGGCUCUCUCUUCCACCCGUCCACUCUCUGGCGGGCUUCUGCUUCAGGUAGCAAAACAUGUAGGCUAUUUUUUGCUGCAAGCCCGGUGCAUCUGGAGAGGAAAACAAAAAAAGGUGCGUUUGAAGACAAAUGCACCGUGGAAAACCAGAAGCUGUGCGCGUUGUGUGCGCGCGCGUUCCCGGGGCGCGGUGCAGGAUGCAUCCAUAGACCGAGUUGUUGGAGGGAUGAAUAUUGGAAGAGUGUGUCGGCCGGCUGAAAGGGGAAAUCUUUCAUCCGCAUUGGCUUAGACACACGCACACGCACACACACACACACACACACACACACACACACACACACACACACACACACACGCACAUGCCAUCAGUGGGGCGCGAGCCUUUAUUUCUCUCGGUUGCCAAUCGAUAUGCCGGUUGGGGCCAUUGCUCAGAAUGGUACAAUACGAAUGAACAUAGCGCGUGUAUGAAUAGCAAUAUUCAUAAUAACAACAAUUAGCGGGGGGAGUGGUGAACAAAACAAAAAAACAACAACAAAAAAACCCCAACGCUUCAUACAUUCAUUUCGUUCCGGCGGGUUUUUUCUUUAUGUAGCCCAAACAUGUUCAAGUAUCGGAUCCGCAUGUUUUUCAAUGAACUGAAAGUCCUGGUGUUUAUGCGAUCCGAUUCGAGGCCGUCCGGCUCAGACGCAGACCGACGCUCCGCCACCAUGCGGGGUCUGGGGAUGGGCGGCUGCGGUUGGCCGCCUUUUGUCGACUGCCAUUCCCGGGACGACGAGGAGGAGUACUACGGCAGCGACCCGCGGCCCCGGAGCCUGGCGUUCGAGGACAAGGAGCCCAAGCUGCAAGUGGGCCUGGACGCGGUGUCUCUGGCCAGCAGCAGCAGCAGCCAGCGGACCCCCCAGUGCCGGAUCUGCUUCCAGGGCCCGGAGCAGGGCGAACUGUUGAGCCCGUGCCGCUGUGACGGCUCAGUGCGCUGCACCCAUCAGCCGUGCCUCAUCCGCUGGAUCAGCGAGAGGGGAUCCUGGAGCUGCGAGCUGUGCUACUUCAAGUACCAGGUCCUGGCCAUCAGCACCAAGAACCCUCUGCAGUGGCAGGCCAUCUCUCUGACGGUGAUCGAGAAGGUGCAGAUAGCCGCCAUUAUUCUGGGUUCCCUUUUCCUCAUCGCCAGCAUCUCCUGGCUCAUCUGGUCCUCCCUCAGCCCCUCGGCCAAGUGGCAACGUCAGGACCUGCUCUUCCAAAUCUGCUAUGGCAUGUACGGCUUCAUGGACAUCGUGUGCAUAGGCCUCAUCAUCCACGAGGGAUCUUCAGUGUACCGAAUCUUCAAACGAUGGCAGGCCGUCAACCAGCAGUGGAAAGUACUGAACUAUGAGAAAUCAAAGGACCUGGGCGACCCGCUGAGUUCCAGCAGCAAAACGGGGGCUCGCAACUCUCGCGGUAACCCUCACGGCCUGGCCAGCAGCAGCAGCAGCGGCGGCGGGCGACAGAGCAGGAGGUUAAGAACUAUUCUGAACCACCACUGCGGAUACACCAUCUUGCACAUCCUGAGCCAGCUGAGGCCCAACGACCCCCGGAUCAGCGCCGCCGCCAACCGGGAGGUGGUGAUGAGGGUGACUACGGUGUGAAGCCAGGCCGACCGCGGUGUGAAGUCGGCGCUCUCGCGGCGGGACGGACCCCGUCCUCGCGCCCCCCGGAUGUUAAUGAGAGGACGGACUCGUAGACCCUCCGCGGACAGGCGCAGACGGACAGGAGGCCUGUGAGCCAGCCGAGUGAUGCCACAUCAACAGACACUUGAGGAUUUUUGCCUCCUGUUUCCUACAAGAAAACGAGGGCCGGAUGCUACUUUUCAAUAAUUAACCGAAAAUAUCGAUGCAUUAAAAGACCUAGAAAGAAAGUGUACACAGGCUUUAUAACUGAAUCCAAGAUGGUGAGACCCUUUUUUUCCAGUUCAAUAUCAGGAUGCACAGACAUUUCUGUUUGGUUUGAUCCUCUUGGUUUGAUUUGUAUCUCUUCUUUUUCUGUUUGUUUUUUACUCACUUUGAUUUUGUACGGAUGUAUGAUUUUAGAGGAAAUCGUGUAACUCCAUACAUGCCAAACCUUUCCAGACAACUAUGUAUAAUGAUCUUAACAAUUUCUACAAGACAACCGAUGCUGGGAAAUAGACCGAAAACUGAAGCAAACAAACAAACAAACAAACAUGAGGGCAAACACAGAGGUGACAACUGAUUAAUGCGUCAUUACAAGUAAAAAAAAAAGAAAGAAAAGAAAAAAGAAUAAAAAAAGAAAUCAGUAAGAUUUCAGUGACACUUAACCUUCCUGCAAUAAAGAUACGUAUGUACAUUACACAGGGAAUUUUGCAUGGUAUAUCAUUUUAUUUUUCAUCACAUAACAUAAGCACAUGACAAAUUUGCUCUAUUUCCAAUGGUGCUUGCCAAAAUAAACACUAAAAACAUCUGAUUUCAUUGCACCGACUUGUCGACAUGACAACUGGCAGUGUGUUACAGCUAUUUCAGCUCAAAUACAGAUUGUUGCUGCUGUGUGCUGAUUCAGAUUUGAUAAUAAGUAAACUAUUGGAUUAAACAUGGGGAUCAGACGAUCUCUUACUACUCAGUC